CUCAUGGAAUGUUUCAAUGUGUUAUCGUGUAAUGCUUCUCAUGUAAACAGUUUUUUCAUGUUCUUUUCUUUUUUAAAUAAUGUAUUUGUUUUUUGAUUAGGUUGCUGAUAAUUUUCCAACUGACAACUAUUUUUUUUUUUCUUCGCUUACAUCCAUGACAUUUCAAUAUUUAUGUUUUAUUGAACCUUAUUUAGGGGUUCUCAAGGAUUCGUGUCUUCUGUCCCAAUCUCGCAACGAGAACGAUGCCGUCUCAUUAGGAAUGGUAACAGGUUGUCAAAGCUUUUCGAAACUCGUGGAGAUGGCCUUAUGUUUUCAAUGCCGUCAUACACUCUUAGGAAAACAUGAAGAAGGGUCUUCCAAUGUUUUAAGUUUUGCAAAAACGGCAUUACAAUUUGAGUUUCCUUUACAUAUGUGGACUUUUCCAAGCGUUCAUGACGUUCGCUUUCCUAGUUCUACAACAUCCACUGUACUCGUCAUAAGUUCCGAUCCGAGUAAAGAUAUAGGAAGGACACAAGUGUACCUUCUCCACAAUUGUAUUGAUGAACCAUCAGUGAAUUGUUCCCGUUCACAAGAACCAAACAUGUUAGCACAAGUGGAAGAAAUAACAGGAGGGUUUGAUACCGACAUUAAUACUAUAGGGUGUGGAUCUUUGUAUUUUGAAAGAGAAAGUGAAUUGCGAGAUGACAAUAAUUCAAAGGAAUGCUUAUGGAUUCAAAUUACUCCAACAGAAAUCCGUUGUUUAGCAUGUCAAUCACCUUACUCACUUUUACAAAAUCCAGUCAACUUAUUACACUUAAACGCAGAAGAAUGCGAUAUGACAUCUCCUUAUUUAGAUAUUCCGUUAGGUAUCAAAGGUUGUAUUGUGAAGGAAUUUGUUCUUGUUAUGACAGAGUCCUUUCACAUAAAGAUUUGGAAAGCCAAUAGCACUGCAUAUAAGGAUCUGUGUAACAAUCUUUUAACUACAACAUGUUUAUUAAAUCCGUACACAAAUGGAACAAAACAUUUAGAAUUUAUGUUAUCCCAACCUCUGGAAUGUUUUUAUUUAACUUGUUUAGAUCAACUUGAACAAAACACAGUACUUAAACAUAUUCCUAGUGUCACAUUAAUUUAUCUUGUUUUUGUAUGUAAAGCCAAACCAAAUACAAUCUGUAUAGUAUCCUGUGAUACUAUGGAAAUAGUUUUUCGAACGGAAAUAACUCCUUUUCAAAAACAUUUGUUAAAUACUAACAAAAAAAAUGAGGAUUUUUUAGUUCCGUUUAUGCCUAUGACAUCGCAUGCUACUGCACGUAUAGUGAAGUCGCGUGAUCAAUUCUACUAG